AUGGGUCUUACAUUCUCCCGAGUAUGGGAGCGCAUGUUCGGCAAGAAAGAGAUGCGUAUUUUGAUGGUCGGUCUCGAUGCUGCUGGUAAAACCACCAUCUUGUACAAGCUCAAGCUGGGCGAAGUUGUUACCACUAUUCCCACUAUUGGAUUUAACGUGGAGACUGUGGAAUACAAGAACAUCUCCUUCACAGUGUGGGAUGUGGGCGGUCAAGAUAAGAUCCGACCUUUGUGGCGCCAUUAUUACCAAAAUACUCAAGGGUUGAUCUUUGUGGUGGAUUCCAAUGAUGCUGACCGUAUCGAUGCAGCCAGAGACGAGUUGCACAGAAUGCUGAAUGAAGAUGAACUCCGUGAUGCCGUCUUGCUAGUCUUUGCCAACAAACAGGAUCUACCCAAUGCAAUGAGUGCUGCAGAAAUGACAGACAAACUUGGUCUCCACGGACUUCGUCCAUCUUAUCGUCAGUGGUACAUUCAAGCUUGCUGCGCAACAACUGGUGAUGGUCUGUAUGAAGGUCUUGACUGGCUCUCAGCUACCCUGGUGAAGAGGAAGUAA